AUGGCUGCCCGCACACGCGAUGAAGAACACCGCCAAAGGCGCCGUAAACGUUUGAUUCGAGGGCUCCUGAUGGGGAGCGCGGCGAUCGGCGUUCCGGCCCUGGCCAACUUGCUGGUGCGGCAGCGCGCACGGCAGCUGCCGGCGGCCACCUGGGGCAGUGGUGAUCGCUACGCCUGGCGCCACGGCGAAGUGGUGUUUCAAUGCCUCGGCGAGGGCAGCCCGCUGCUCUUGCUGCAUUCAUUGGGACCGGGUCACGGCUGCACGGAGUGGCGUCAGACCGCCGAGCUGCUGGCCGAGAAUCACCAGGUGUUCGCCCUCGACUUGCUCGGCUGGGGCGAGUCGUCCAAGCCAAUCCUGGCUUACGAUGACGAGCUCUACAUCCAUCUGCUGACCGAUUUCCUGACCGACGUGGUCGGCGGCCGAGCCGCCCUGGCCGCGGCGGGCCUGCCAGCGGCCUACGCCCUGCAGCUGGCGGUAGACCGGCCAGAACUAGUCCGCUGCUUGGCACUGGUCGUACCACAGGGCAUCGAGCUACACGGCGACGAGCCUGAUCUCAAAGACGCGGUGGUACAUCGCCUGCUGAAGCUACCGAUCGUCGGUACUUCGGCGAUGAACCUCUACACCAGCCGCUCCGGCAUCGGCAACUAUUUACGACGCGAGGUCUACGGCUCGCCGGUUCAAGUCAACGAGGCCCUGAUCGACCAGCACUACCGAAUCAGCCAUGAGGAUGGCGCUCAGGCACCGCUGGCGGCCUUGCUCAGCGGUUACUUGAAUCACAACGUGCGGUCGCUGCUAAGCCGUGUCGAGCAACCGGCUUGGUUAGCUUGGGGCCGGCGCGCGGUCAGCCCGCCGGUGGAGUCCGCCGACCUGUGGUUACGCCAGCUCGCCAACGCCGACCUCGAGGUCUUCGAACGCUGCGGCAGCUUGCCGCACGCCGAAUCGCCCGAGGAGUUCAGUCGCAAGCUGGAUAGCUUCCUCGGCGAGCAAGCUGGCUAG